AUGAGUUGCUCUAAAAAGGGAGGAGAGGUCUCCGCCAUAUUUGUCCAUGCUGGCGCUGGUUACCACUGUCGUGAGAAUGAGCGGCCUCAUUUAAGACUAUGCGAGAAUGCCGCCAAAGUCGCCAUGGCCAUGCUUCGAAAUGGCGGAUCAGCUGUGGAGGCCGUUGAGAUUGCUAUCAUGAUGCUAGAGGAUUCUGAAAUUACCAAUGCAGGGUUUGGCAGUAAUACCACUAUCGAUGGCACCGUUGAGUGCGAUGCCACUAUCAUCGAUCACCUCGGACGUAGUGGAGCUGUUGGAGCUGUACCGAAUGUGAAAAAUCCCAUCUCACUGGCGCGAGUCAUCUUAGAUUCUUCCCAGAAGCCUCUCACCCUACAUCGAGUCCCUCCAAACUUUCUUGUAGGACCAGGCGCGAUGGAUUACGCCUAUGAGCAGGGGCUUGUAGUUCUUCCGCACGAUGGUCUCAUAUCUGAUGUGUCAAAAGAGAGGUGGCACCGAUGGAAGAGAGAGCUGAAGGAAGCGGAAGCCAAACAACGAACUAACUCGCAGAGCCCACCAGACUAUCAUCGCGCGUAUUACCGUCGCCCUAUAAAGAUCCAUCCAGCCCAAUUGCUGGUCGCUGCUUCCUGUGCAAAGUCAACAUCAGCCCAAAGUGACAGUGGAAUCAAUAGCCCCGUGGCGCAAUCGCCACAUGACCUAGGAAUUGAUACCGCAGACCCCGCGAUUCCCACGGCGGAUGCCACUCUGCCCUCUACCAAAAUCGAGGCUAGAAAAGACAACAGGUCAGAGGGGAUCCCUCAAUGUGGAUCUUCUCAAAGUUGGUUUGCAAGUGCAUCUCGCCAACCGAAUCCACUGACAAGCAGUGUCUCUUCAUCAGGGUCCAUGGAUAUCGACUCGUCAAUUCCUGGCCCCCGGGGCUGGAAUGACGGAGCGAAUGCGAACAUAUCUGGCCGUAACGAGGACCGAAUUAACGACACUGUGGGAGCCAUAGCAGUGGACAGUUUUGGAAACAUAGCCGCAGGCUCAUCUUCUGGAGGUAUUGGAAUGAAACAUAGUGGAAGAGUCGGGCCCGCUGCGCUUGUUGGAAUCGGCACGUCGGUCAUACCUGCAGACGAAGGCGACCCCGACAAAACAUGCGUUGCGACAGUCACCUCAGGUACCGGGGAGCAUAUUGCUACCACCUUAGCUGCCAACACUUGUGCAUCACGCAUCUAUUACUCUCAGCGCAAGUGCAACGAUGGCACAUUUGAAAAUGUGAUGGAGGAUGAGGCUAUCAAGGACAUGAUCAAGAAGGACUUUCUGGGCCACCCUGGUGUUAAAAAAAGCCACUGUGCGGGAGCAAUAGGUGUAAUUUCGGUCAAGAGGACAGUUGAUGGGAUCUAUAUGUACUUUGCACACAACACAGACUCUUUUGUACUUGCCUCUAUGAGCAGUACGGAUAAAAGACCAGUAUCUGUCAUGUCUCGCAGUAAUGGAAACGGUAGUGUUGCUCAGGGAGGGCGCGCAUACCUACCAAAAGGUUAA